AUAACAUGCAAUACAUUACACGUAGUACGGUUUAUAACAUUUGUAUUGAUUAAAAAUGGUGGACAUCAAUUGCAUAGUGUAUGUCGGAUCUUUCCAGUAAAAGAUGAGCUCUCGACGACGUAAAGCACGAAGACGGAAUAAGUCAAGUGAACAAUCCCGGAAUUUUCUAGAUUUUUCUACACAUGAAUCGGUACCAUCAUAUGACGGAAGGAUUUUGGUUGUUGGAGCAUAUGAAGCAGGUAAAACAAGUUUGGUGAUGAAUCUUAUUGGCGAAGAAAUUCCAACUGAACGACAAAGCACUGAUGGUAUAGAUGUCCACUUUGGAAAGUUACUAUUUGAAAUGAAGACACAGAUGUUUUUAAAAAAGAAAACUGAUCUUCACAGUUUUCCAAAGGCUGUAUACCAGAAAGUGUUAGCUUGUCUUGAAACUGUCCACAAAGCUAAAGCAAGCAAGCAAUCAAAAAAGUCAAAUCAGGAUUUUCUUCAAGAAGACCAAUGUUUAUUUGAUGCAAAUCAGAUAUUACAUCCAGCGUUUCCGUAUUUGAUGCCUGGAUUUCCUGGUAUAGAUCCAGCUUUUAUAAACCUCUUUCAAAGUGACUUUCUUACAAAAAUUAACGAAAAACUUAGGACCUUUAAAUCAGAUGCUCCUCCAUUUAGUCGAGAAGUGAUUCCCAUACCAAUUCUAGAUUUUGCAGGACAAUUUGUGUAUUAUACAACGCACCAGGCAUUUAUUACAUCGCAUGGGACAUAUGUAGUGGUAUUCAAUGGCAGCAAGAGUUUAAGUGAUAGGUUGACGGGAGAUGGAAAAGAAUCAACAGUUCUUGACAAUAUCAAACACUGGGUUUCAUCUAUUCUUGCAUACAGUUCUACAGAUACAAACGAGUAUCCGAAGAUUGUAUUUGUCGCUACACACAAAGAUUUAGUCAGACCUGUACGUAUUUAUUAG